CCCGGAGCUAAUCUGUAGACACUUCCGGUGGCCACAGCGUAAAGAUGUCGCCGCCCGUAUUCAAUUUUGUCGACGUUAAGGAAAAAUUUACGGCUGCUGCCAGACACGCACUCUCGGGAAAAACCUGCAAACAUUUGAUCGCCGUGUUUAACCAGAUCUCCGGAAAUGAGACAGAAAAGAAGACCACACUUGACCAGGCCCUCCGGGGUGUUCUUGGUGAUCAGAUUGUUGAGCAGAAGGCGAGCUGUCACGACUAUCUGUCUCUCAUCUACCUGAGUAUCGAUGCUGUUACUGAGGGAAUCUGCUCUGCCACAACUCCAUUCGUCCUGCUGGGAGAUGUACUGGACUGCCUUCCACUUGACCUGUGCGAGAAAAUAUUCUCUUUCGUUGAGGAAAAUGUGUCCACCUGGAAAUCGAGCUCCUUUUACACCGCAGGAAAGAACUACCUGUUGAGAAUGUGUAACGAUCUUCUAAGGAGGCUGUCCAAAUCCCAGAAUACAGUAUUCUGUGGACGAAUCCAGCUUUUCUUGGCACGACUCUUCCCUCUGUCUGAGAAGUCGGGUCUGAAUCUACAGAGCCAGUUUAACCUGGACAAUAUAACAGUGUUCAACAAAAAUGAGCAGGAGAGCACUCUUGGCCAGAAGCAGACAGAUGAAAAGGAAGACAGCAUGGAGGUGGAGGAAGGGGAAAUGGGGGAGGAUGAUGCACCCGCGCCCUGUUCUAUCCCAAUUGAUUACAACCUAUACAGAAAGUUCUGGAUGCUGCAGGACUACUUUAGAAAUCCGCUGCAGUGCUACGAUAAAUUCUCAUGGAUGACAUUCCUUAAGUAUUCAGAUGAGACCCUUGCAGUUUUCAAGAGCUUCAAGCUGGAUGACAUGCAGGCCUCUAAGAGGAAGAUGGAGGACCUCAGAGCCUCUGAUGGGGAGCAUGUUUAUUUUGCCAAGUUCCUCACGAGUGAGAAGCUGAUGGACUUACAGAUCAGCGACAGCAACUUCAGGCGGCAUAUACUGCUGCAAUACCUCAUCCUCUUCCAGUACCUGAAGGGUCAGGUUAAAUUCAAAAGCUCAAGCUGUGUUCUGAGUGAUGACCAGAGUACAUGGAUUGAGGAGACAACUAAGCUAGUUUAUCAGCUGCUGAGGGAAACGCCUCCUGAUGGAGACAAGUUCGCCACCAUGGUGGAGCAUAUCCUCAACACGGAGGAAAACUGGAAUGCCUGGAAGAACGAGGGAUGUCCAAGCUUUGUGAAAGAAAGAACAGUUGAUGACAAACCCAAAAGACCCACCAGGAAAAGACAAGCUCCAGAGGACUUCCUUGGAAAAGGGCCAGACCGCAAGAUUUUCAUGGGGAAUGAUGAGCUGACCCGACUGUGGAACCUGAACCAGGACAACAUGGAGGCCUGCAAGUCCGACAGCAGGGAGUUUAUGCCGUCACUGGACGAGUUCUUUGCAGAAGCCAUCGAGCAAGCCGAUCCAGCUAGCAUGGUAGAGGAUGAAUACAAGGUUGUGCGUAACCCAAACUACGGCUGGCGGGCUUUGAGGCUCCUGUCCAGGAGGAGUCCACACUUCUUUCAGCCAACCAACCAGAAGUUCAAAAGCCUGGCAGACUACCUAGACAGCAUGGUCAGCAAACUGGCCAAAGAACUGCCGAAGGAUAUUCCUUCAGAAGAAAUCAAGACAGGAGAGGAGGAUGACGACGACAAUGGAGACAAUCUUCUUAAAGACGGCAAUGACAGUCCGAGCAUCCAGAGUAAAAUCGUAACUAACCAGCAGAUGGACGACCUUGCGGCCAAACUGGGCGCUCAGUGGAAGACGCUGGCUUCUCAGCUGGAGAUGAAGGCGGUGGAGAUGCGGGAAAUCGAGACGGACAGCGAAGAUGUUGAGAUGCAGGCCAAGCUGCUGCUUGUUGCCUGGCAGGACAGAGAGGGAACCCAGGCAACAGUGGAGAACCUGGCGACUGCUCUUAACGCUGCAGGGUUCUCCCAGAUUGCGGACAGCCUCAAUGAGGCUUAGACAUGUUGCUUGAUCUGUACCUGCAUUACAUUGGAGUAACAUUUUUGUAUGUGAAAUAGGUCUGAAACAUUUUUUCCACUGUUGAAAUCUAAUAAAAAAGCUCUUUUUCCAAGACA